UCAGAAGCGCAGCUGGAGGCGGAGAGUCCAGUGAUACUCAGAUGUGGUGUGGAUGUUGACAAAGUAGGCGCUUGUUUGGACAGUUUCGCUGUUAUCUUCGUUUGUCUGACCCGCAACCCUCACUUAAUUCACUUCGUAUUUCACAUAAAGCCACUUUAAAUUCGUGAACACAUCCAGGAACAGACUCAGCGAUGACCUCUGGAAGCGGACGAGAACAGCUCACUUGGACGCUUUGAGCAUUUCCAGCGAUGGACAAGCAGAAAGUGCUGGCUCGGCUGGUUUCGGACCUGCAGGCCUUCUUGCUGGUUCUGGACAGUGAGAAUCUCAGUUAUAUCGCUCAGGUCCAGAAGAAAUCCAUCUCAGAGCUGCUAUAUAAACUACAGGACAACAAGGAAGCACCAGUAGAGGAUGCGGAGUACAUGAUUAUGAACUGUCCCUCUGGAGGCCCCAGUGAUCUCAGGGAAAGCACCACUGCUGAGGCUCAUUCGACGGAGGAAGCUCUUUCAGUCGCCUCUUCUGACCGCCUGCAGCCCGGGUCUAUGAAUCCUGCUGUUCCCCCAAAUCCCCCGUGUUUAGAGGACGAGGACUGUUAUGAGGAGGCAGAACCAUUUGUCCCGGCCAGUCAGUCUACAGAUAAAGUGGACUCAGACAGCAGUCACUACGAGUCGUAUGGUGAAGAGGAGGAUGAUGAGGAGUUUGUAAAAGACAGAGCUCACUACAUCCAGUGGAGCUCCUCUCAACCGUGUUUAAGACCCGUGCCAGAGUCACGCAUCUGUGGAUACCUCUGGAAGAAGAAGUGGUUGGGUCAGUGGACCCGCCAGCUCUUCAUUAUUAAGCACAACUCAUUAUUGUGUUUUAAGUGCGCUAAAGACCUGCACCCUCUGCUGGAGCUAAACCUCACGGGUUGUUACGUGGUCUACAAAUCCAGGCACAGUAAGAAGAUGCAGCACGAGCUGAAGGUGGUGGCCGGUGCCGAAACGGUUAUCUUGGGCUUCCAGAGCAGCACGCAGGCCGAAGAGUGGAGGAAGAUUAUAGAAGAAGUGAGCGGCUCCUCUUAUUACGAGCCUGAAUCCCAAAGCUCCUCAUCCAUCCUGAGGAGCGAGAGGCUGGACUCUUGCAGGUCAAGUACUGUCCUCCAUACGGACUCGGAUGAAGAGAAAAUCUCAAGUCUUCCGUCUGCAGUUAGCAGUGUGGAAAUCAAAGAUAAAGACCUAGCGGGCUUCCUGAACGUGCUGAUGAACUGUCAGUGGCAGAGUCUGUGGUGUCGGGUGGAGGACGGGGUCCUGAAGAUGUAUCGGGACGAGGCGUCAGAAGAGACCCCUCAGUACACGGUUCAGCUCAGAGGGAGCGAGGUGCGACCCGGCCCGGAUACAGCACACGCGUACCGCAUUAUCAUCACACAGCACGGGGACCAGGUGGCUGUGCUAGAGGCAAGUGUGCAGAUGAUAAAGAGCAGUGGGUUCAGCUCCUGCAGGAUGGGAGUUCAGCUGCAGCUGGUUCUCCAUAUCAACACACCAGCCACGAGUCACUGAGUGGUCUGAAAAGCCGCAGGUUUCCCACCUCAAACAUGUACAUGGACGACCCCUUUCAGCAGCUGUGUGGUCCAUCAGUCCAUCCGCAGCCCAUCUAUUCAAACACAUCCAUACUGGAGCAUAUGUUUGAGAAACCCUACACU